CGAGGAUGGAGAGCGGCAGCCACAAACCGAGUAUUGUGGCGUACUAUUGUUGAUUAUGUCUUGUCUUAAUGAUGUUGAACAAAUAAAUGUAUGAGCUGAUUUUGUGAAUGUGCAAGGGUUACACAUUUUUGGUGUAGUCUGGAAAUUAUGCACUUUAGUGCUGAGCGGCGUUAGCGUGAUCCUUAUUUUGUAGAAAGAUGGUGUCUUCGGCAACAUUGUUUGGUAGAUCAAGGGCUUUCAGAAUAAUUACCGUUUGGUUCAAGUUUCUGCAGCUAGGCGGCGCUAGUUGCAUUUUUUUGCAAAUUUUCCUGAUAUUUAUGAAAAACAAAAUUUGUUAGCUCACUAGCACCGCCUAGCGGUGGAAUUUUGAAUCUUUAGUCUUAUUAUCGGUUAGUCCUUGAUCAGCCAAACAACUUUGCCGAAGACACCAACUUUCUAAGUAAUCAGGAUCAUGAGAUAUAUUAGAUUGAAAUUUCUUUAGUGUCACAUGUACAUGUACUUACAUGUAAGUACUUUCAUACUCCUGUGGUACACACAGUAUUGCACUGGAAGCGCGACUGAGUGCGCUCUCAACACGAAUUUUUGUGUGCACAUUUUCUGCGCGCGCAAAAUGUGCACGCAGAAACUGAAAAAACAUGUUUGUUCUAACAUUUGUUUGAGCACUCAUUUUGAGGGUGCCGCGAUGGAUGCCAGAGAGUGAGCGGCUGGUUUGUGUGUGAAAAAAGUUGAGUAGUUCACACUCGCUCUCGUUGAAAGUCGUGUGUACACGGAAAGAUCGAUGUACACAGAGCAAGGAGUAACUUUCACGCAGCGAUCGAAAAGACAAAAGAUUUCAUGCAAACUUGUGUGAAAAUUCACGCAAAUUUGUGUAAACCCGGAUCAGCACAUUUUUUGUGCUGAUCCAGUCGCACGCAAAUAUGAGUGAAAAAUCCUUUGUCUUUUCGUAAGUUACUCAUUCGCUGUGUACUUUCGUUUUAGGGUGUAGAGUGUAUGUUUUCUCUUCUCACGUUUCGCACUGAGGAGUAUGCCAUCUCUGUAUAGCAUUGGUAACCAGGGUAACAUCAGGUGAAAAUUUUUGACAAAUCUGGAGCAGUGAACUGGAAUUUCCGGCAACUGUGAUGCUGCAAGGGCUGUCGGCAAGAAUUGUCAAAAAUAAAUCACCCCCCACCACAGCGUAAAAAGCUGGAUGAACCUAACGGCUUUUCGGGCCCGUAUGGAGUUGAUCAUUAAUAUUGACUUCUUUUCCCGAUCAGCCUAGAUAGCUGUGUAGUGUCGGUAGCGGUUAGUUCAACUGGCUAAGAAUAGCACUACGGACCGCCUGUUCCAGUGGUAGGAGUCCACUAAUCAGGUGACCCCUAAUUCAAGGUGUUAUGCGGCUUUACGCUUACCGUGCCUAGGAAUGAAUGGUUAGGGGGGUCUUAAUCGCAAACGGAGCCAGUGGAGUACCAGGGCACCCUCCACAGUAUUUUGCCCUUACUGCACUAACCGGAGCAAUAGUGCGGUGGACCUUGUGUUUCUCCGAGACAAUUAGCUGCCCUUCUUCAAUCUCAUACUUGAGGCUGAAUAAGGGCGGGAUUAUGAAGAUGUUAUUAAUUACCGUAUGCGUGAUAAUGUUUGCACCAUCGUACAAAUAAGGUACCCAUAUCACCUGUACACACAAUGUCUUGGUUUUUAUUGCAUGCACGUAAGCUCUAACUCAUAUCACAGUAGGUUGCGGGUAAAAAAAUCCGAUUUCUUAAGUUUAAAGUUUGCACCAUGAAGGGGUGGCAGCGGUAGUCGGGUCUUGUCCACGCGCAAAUGUUAAAAAAGACAUUUCAGGAGUGUUCUGGAGAACCGUAAAACGAACUUAGACCAACAAAAAGCAAGGGUAACUAUUCCCGAAGGUGUCCACUGGUCGUCCAAGGUUAACAUGGAUUAAGAAGGCUAUCGCUGCCACCAAAAAGAAGAUUUGGGUGAAUUAUAUGCGCUCAAUGAGAAAAAAUGGCAAAGAAACGCAAAAUCAGCAACUUAACGGCAUGGCAUAUCGAAAAGGAAAAUUACGGUGGCCUUUAUGAUCCUUCGACCAUAGAAAAAAAACUUACAUUAUUACCAAUGGCAUCCAGGAGCUACGAGUAGCGCCAUAUAAGAAUGUCUUGAAUUUGCCUGAACGCAACAUCCGUUUUUUUCGAUUUCCGAAAAACUAUCGAUCCGUACCAAAUUCCAGAAUCAAUAGUUAUAUUAAAUUCUGUUUGUGUGUCAAUGUCUACACCAUUAGGCAAUGUCAAAAUAAAAAAAUAAACUCAAAAAUUGUUAAUAUUGAGUUUGACACUACCACGGACACUUUUCGACAUUUACGCGUGGACAAAUCACGAGCUAGGUUGCCACUUAGUCAUUAUGCAAGUGUUAAACUAAGAAAAUCAACACUUUUUAUUCACAGCCUACUAUUAUAUGAGUUAUAGCUUAAAUGCCUGCAAAUAAAACCAAUACAUUGUAUUCACAAGUAAAACUGGAACGUUAUUUACCGAUGGUGCAAACAUUAUCACGCAUACGGUAGUUUAAAUUUUCACCUAUAUGGUUUCGCAUUAUGCGUUUUACACAGUGUAUUCUGUGCAUCCUCGCCUUUGGCACACUCAAAUCGAUACCGAUCUGGCUUUAUUGUUGCUGUUCUUUUUUGCGCUGUGAUUGUUAAGAGUUUAAUCUUGCCUAGUUUGGGUAGUGGCUACGGUUAGGAUAGCUCAGAUCAAUCUUCAGCACAAAAUAACAGCAACGAUCAAUCUUUGUAGACUUAUGUAAAAUGAUACAGCCCAAGUGGCGUUAGUCCAAGAACCUUACUUUCGUAAGGGGAAUUUCUAUCUAGGAAACCUUGUGAAUCCGGUGUUUGCUACUUUCAGUAAAAUUGAAAUAGCAAACUCACGUGUUCUGCCUCGAGCAUGUGUGCUUGUCAACAACGCAAUCGUUGCUACACUCAUCUCUGAGCUAACUACUAGACAUGUAUGUGCUAUCACAAUCGAUGUAUCUGUUGGAAACCUCAACAGGAAAUACGUUUAUUGUUCGGUUUAUUUACUGCAUGAUGAACCAUCCCCUACGGAUGCUUUCAAGCAAGUCAUUGCAUACUGCACUUCAAAAGGCCUUCCGCUAAUUGUUGGUAGUGAUGCUAAUGCUCACCAUAUAAUCUGGGGCAGCUCAGACAUCAAUUUGAGAGGCUCCAGUUUGAUGGAAUACUUAAGUAGUACAGAUCUUGGAUUACUUAACAUAGGCAACCGCCCAACCUUCUUGGUAUCUGCUAGAGAGGAAGUGUUAGACAUAACUCUUUGCUCUAGCAGAAUUAGUCACGAGCUGACCAAUUGUCAUGUGUCAGAUGAAGAAUCUUUAUCUGACCAUCGCUACAUCUUGUUUGAACAUGUGAAUGUUACUUCGCAAACUUUGCGUUUCAGGAACCCCCGGUCAACCAACUGGGAUCUCUUUACCGAUUUGGUUGCAGUCAAAUUUCAUGGAUAUUCACCAUCAAUUGACAAUCCAAGUCAUUUAGAUGAAGCCGUUGAUACUACAACGGCCUUCAUCAUGGAAGCUUUUGAAGAAGCUUGCCCUCUGCGGUCUGUGAAGACCACAAGAGGAACCCCUUGGUGGAACUCUGAUCUGGCCAAGCUCAGGCAACAAUGUAGAAAGAGUUGGAACAGACGACGUUCGGCUGGAUCGGAGGCAUUCAGGUCGGCUCGCAAGGCCUACCAGAAAGCUCUUCGGUCUGCUGAACGAUCCGGCUGGAAAAACCUUUGUACAAAUGUUUCCAGUCUGAGUGAAGCCAGUCGAUUGAACAAAAUCCUUGCAAAAUCUAAGGAUUUUCAAGUGAACGAACUUCGUUUGCCAAAUGGUGAUUUCACUUCCUCUGAUGAGGAAGUUUUAGAAUGUUUAUUCAGUACACACUUCCCCGGAUGUGUGGAUAUUACAUCUUCGGAUGAACCUGAUGUCUUUUCUUGUAGUUAUGAUUCUUUAGCUUCGGCUCGGAGUAUCAUAACUUUAGAAUCGAUUGAAUGGGCACUUAAUAGCUUUGCUCCUUUCAAAUCUCCCGGGGCAGAUGGGAUUUAUCCUAUUUUGCUUCAGAACGAAUUUGAUCAUUUCAAACAUGUUUUGAAACAACUACUUGUUUGCAAAAAUGGGUCACACUAAUGACGAAAUAAAAAAAUACGAACAUUCUGACUCAUCGACCGUAUUCUAUUUAUAACUUAAUCAUUUUACGGCUUUAUCGGUCUUUUUCCAUUCAGUGUAUAAGGGAGUAGAGGUCAAAGUGGAUAAUUAAAUGAUAGAUAUGAUAUGAUGAAAACAGAACAAUACAUAGGCAGUCGGGUGUCUGAAAAUUUUGCCAGUCUUGGUAAGGUGGUAUGAACUACCAACCAAGCCGAUCUGUUUAAAAGCACACGUCGUACGACAGAAGUUUCACGCAUUCGAAGUAUUCGUUCAAUACAUGUCCUACUUGCCUAAUUUCACCUUGUUUCAUACUUGUUUGCAACCUAGCGAAUACUAUCAUAUCUAUCAUUUCAUUAUCCACUUUGAUCUCUACUCCCAUAUACCCUGAGUAGAAAAAGACCGAAAAAGCCAUAAAAUUAUUAAGUUAAAAAAAAUACCAAUAAUUAUUUUCGUUGAACUACAAAUGUACCAGGUAUUACGGCAUUCGGAUUUUCUAUGGAAUGGCUGUAUAGGUAUUGAUAUUCAUUUUCAUAAAGCUAUCGAUAAAAACAUUAAUACAUAUUGCUAUUUAAAUUUACAUUAAUAAUAACUUUAUUAUCUUUAAGUUUAGCUUGGACUGACUAUACAUGUCAAUGGUCAAUCCACUGUCCGUUAUUGCUGAACUGGUAUGAAUUGCACUGAGAUCCAAUUGAACAAGGGACUAGGACACUCCACUAAUUCUUAAACUGCGGUUUAAGUAGCUCAUACAUUUUUGGAUCAAUAUCGGCGCCGGCCAAGUCCUUACGGUCAGUUGGCAAGGGAAAGGAUGUUAGAGUGUGGUGACUGUUGCUACUAGAAACCGAGAGCACUCUGCAAUCUGCAUCCUCACAACCAGCAUGGGUGGAUUGAACCCAGGUCCUUCUGCAUACGAAUCAUAAGCGGUAGCCACUAGACCAGCGCACAGUGGGAAAAAUCGACCCAAAAAACGGAUCUUUUAACGCCGCUGGUUUCGGUACGUGAAGUUGACCAUUUCUGACGUAAAAAAGUACGAGAAAUCGAUUGGUGUUAAAUUCACUCACCGCACGGUACGGGAAGUGGUCCAUUUUGCCCCAUUUCGCCCUUUUUUAAUACAAGAAGAUAAUCAAAAUGUACUUUCAAACAACCAACAAAACUGUAGAUCGUUGAAAGUAGUUGCAGGUGUAAUUAGAAGUUAAUAGUAAUCAUAGGAAUAUAUGAAAUAUCCUUUUAAUUGCCUAUUUUGCCCCAUAUGCCCCAACAACUGUUGUAAAUUCACACUUUUCCUAUUUAUGAAUGGAUUUUCAGAGUUACUAAUUUGAGGUUGACUUUUUGGCAGAAAUAAAAA